AGAGGCUUUGGGGCGGGGGCGGAAAGAAGGGCGGCCCGCCAGGGGGUCCGUGGACUCGCUUUGGCCUCCUCCGAGGCGGGCCGGCGAUGGCCGCAGCUGUGAGGCGAGGUCGGGUCCCGUAGCGGCGCGCAGCCUCCUCGGGGGACUCGGGGUCCUGGUUGGUUUCCACAGCUCUUCCUAAGGCAGAAGAAUAGAAGGAAGGUGAUGUGAUGUGAUGAUAGAAUUUGUGAUAGCCAGGCAACAACUUUUCCUGAUUCGGCAUGUUAAAAAAUAAGGGUCACUCAUCUAAGAAAGAUAACUUGGCAGUCAAUGCAGUUGCUUUACAAGAUCACAUUUUACGUGAUCUUCAACUUCGAAAUCUUUCAGUUGCAGAUCAUUCUAAGACACAGGUACAAAAGAAAGAGAACAAAUCUCUAAAAAGAGAUACAAAGGCAAUAAUAGAUACUGGACUUAAAAAAACUAUGCAGUGCCCCAAACUAGAAGAUUCAGAAAAAGAAUAUGUUCUUGAUCCCAAACCACCACCAUUGACUUUGGCACAGAAGUUGGGCCUCAUUGGGCCUCCACCACCUCAGCUGUCAUCUGAUGAAUGGGAGAAGGUGAAACAGCGCUCCCUCCUGCAAGGGGACUCGGUGCAGCCGUGCCCCAUCUGUAAAGAAGAAUUCGAGCUUCGACCUCAGGUGCUGCUUUCAUGCUCCCAUGUGUUCCACAGAGCAUGUCUUCAGGCUUUUGAAAAGUUCACAAACAAGAAAACGUGUCCUCUCUGUAGAAAGAACCAGUAUCAAACCCGAGUGAUACACGAUGGGGCUCGCCUGUUCAGAAUAAAGUGUGUGACCAGAAUCCAAGCCUACUGGAGAGGAUACGUUGUCAGAAAGUGGUACAGAAACCUGAGGGAAACAGUACCUCCCACAGACGCCAAGUUAAGAAAAAAAUUCUUUGAAAAAAAGACACAAGACUGGAAACCAGCUUAAUUUUUCCCAUCUCCCGGGCUAUACGUAAAUGAAGACAUCUGCUGCACAUCUCAUAGUAAUGAAAACAGAAGCCACCUGUAAAAGUAAAGCCCCCACAUGCUACCAUUGUAUUGAGUACCUCGUGGGGUCAUCACAGUGAGCCUCAGAGCUAACUUCCACGUCUGCCCUUCCUCUUAACCACUACUUAUGUUUCAGUUUUACUUUUGGGGGACUUAUUUAACAAUUCCCAUUCCUUGUCCCCAUACGAAAAGGACCGUCCUGCCCCAUCAGCCCGUGGCUUCAGGCGAACAGCAGCAGCCCCGAGGCUGUCAUAUGAAAGCCUGAGAAGAGCUGUAGCAUUUAUAAUGGCACAGCACACAGUGGGUGCUGGAAAUUCUGUAUUUAUUAUCAGUAUUAACUCAUUUCCUAGAAUAUGGAGAUGAGUUACUGUGUGUUUGGCCAGUCUGUUCCUUCCUGAGAGCAGUGUCUCUCAUCUUCAGAGAUCGUUCAUCUCGGGUGUUCCUUCUCAAUUUGGUAAAGAACUGCCAUGCACAAUUGCUUCAUCCUUCCUUUACAUUCUUUCCAGUUUUUUAUCUUCACUCGCUGACAGUCAGUCUUGUUCUCUAGGCUACUCUUAGUAAUUUCUAAUAUGUCAUAGUAGGUUGUCUCUUAGAAGUGAUCUUUUGUCACCUCUUACAAAAUUUUAAUUAUAGAUUUGAUAGUCAUUUUACCUUGUAUAUAUAAAUAUUUUUCACGUGCACACAUCAUUUUAUAAGAACUCUCGAAGAUAAAGGCCCACUGAAAGUGUUGGUGGUCUCAGCCCAUUGCACUGGACGAGAACUGGCCCAGGUUGCUGGAAACAAGUGAAGCAACCAUUACAAUGUGCCUUGUGUUAUCUUGUAAAGUAGCCAGUGAAAGUUAAGUUUCAGCGUUCAGUGCUCAGGUGUUCAGAUACUGCAGCCUUCAGCUUCAUGGAAAAAGGAAACGAAAAAUAAAAAGCAAGUGACCAAGAGCAAUCAGGGCAGGGAGACCUAAUCAAACAGGUUCCUCAGUUUCUAAUUCAGUCUCUCCCACAGAGAGAUGGAACUUUACAAAGCCGAUCCAUAGCUCUGUCCCACCGGACGUUGGGUCCGCGGCCCUGUGGCCAUCCUACCUCCCCACAAAUCCUGUUUUUUUUAAUCCCUGGUUCAUCCUGUCUGCUGCCCCCUCAUCCUGAGUCCUCGUCGCUCUGCACACCCUGCUGUGAUCCCCACGUCUGCUCUUCUGAGCACACUCAUGCCCACACCACCCCCCGCCAGAAUGUCCUGUCUGUUCCUGCUGGUUCCCUCUGCCUUGCUUAAAAUGUGCCAGUUUUUCAAA